AUGAUUUCCCAAGCCAUCCAGCGGGUGGCACCGGCCGUCGAGACCGUUGUCAAGCCCAGUCUCGGAUCCAUCAGACUGACGCCAGAAGCACAGCAUUUGCAACAGCUGGAAAUCGACUAUACCGUCGGCGGCUUCACGCCUCUUCCUGGUUUCUUUGAGCGCGGACAAGGCGCCAAACUUUGGGACAUCAAUGGCCGAGAAUACUUGGAUUUCAUCUGCAUGUUCAGCGCUGGUAACCAGGGUCACUGUCAUCCCAAGAUUGUGGCAGCCAUGAUCGAGCAGAUGCAGAAAGCGUAUCUCAUCAACACCUCGACACACAACACCAAAUGGCCCGUCUUUGCCGAGAUGAUGUGCAAACGGUUCGGCUACGACAAGAUCUCCGCCAUGGUCACCGGCGCCGAGGCGGCCGAUCUGGCCUGCAAGAUCGUUCGACGACACGCCCACAAGGUCCGGGGCAUCCCGGCCGAGGAUGUGCUCGUCCUGGCCGUGUCUGGCAGUUACCACGGGCUGACCGGCGGCGUGUGGAACUUGCAAGACCCGAGUCCGGCACGAACAGAGUACGGCCUGGACAGCAAACAGCAGACCAACGUCAACCCUUCCACCGGCGAGUUAUUGCGCUACGGUGAAAUCGAGGACUUGGAGAAGUGCUUGGAACAGCAUCACGAUCGCGUUGCGGCAAUCAUCAUCGAGUCCAUCCGCAACACUGGCAACACAUUCGAGCAGGAAGUGAAGUACGCGCGAGGGGUGUACGACCUGUGCAAGAAAUACGGCGUUCUCUUCAUUGCCGACGAAGUGAGAAUGGGCUCCGGCAAGACGGGCAAGUUCUUCUCCUUCAACCACCUCGGCGACGACGUCAAGCCCGACAUGCUUGUGAUCGGCAAGUCGAUGACGGGCGGCGCCUAUCCCGCGUCCUUUGUGCUGGGACCCGAAGAGAUCAUGACCGUGGUCGGCCCGUACGAGAGCGGCUCGACCUUCGCCCACACUCCGCUGGCGAUUGCCGCCGCCGAAGCGGCCAUCCGAGUGCUGGACGAAGAGCACAUGGUGGAACGAGCCCACGCCAUCGGAGAGAAAUUCACCCAGUUGACCGAGUCGCUGCACGACCACCCCUACGUGACGGGCAUCGAAGUGCGCGGCGCCGAUUUCAGCAUCACCAUCAAAGAAGACGUGGCGGGAAAGGUGACGGCCCGUCGCAUCGGCGGACUGUGCUUGCACAAGGGCCUGCUGCUGUACCCGCUGGAAGGCCGGCUGAGGAUGAGUGUGACGAUGGUCAUGACAGACGAGCAGCUGGAGCAGGGCGUCCGCAUCAUCAAGCAGGCCUUGGACGAAGUCACCAGCUACGACGAGAUUCCUGGCGAGAAAUGGCACCGAUCGCACUAG